UAGCUAUGGGACCAAAAACAGAAGGGCUUAAAAGACGCCAACACCAUACAAUCGGUAAUGGUUUAACAAAGAUUCAGCAGAUGCAGAUUCAGCAGCCUCCGGCCAUUUGUGCGCUUCCUAAAGUCAAAAACGCCCCUGCCUCUCUGCCACUGUCAUCAGCCCAAACUCGUAAAUAUGGUGCCAGAACAAGGGCAAUUUCCGUGAACGAACUUCCCCCCAAUGCCCUUCGCCGGAAGAGAGAACCCAAAUGGAGAGGCGGGUUCAGCCUUGGGGUAGACUUGGGAAUGUACCGCACCGGCCUCGCCCUCAGCAAAGGCUUCUCCAUCCGUCCUCUCACUGUUCUGGAGUUGCGUGGAGAAAAGCUUGAGAUUCAGCUUCUUGAGAUUGCACAGCAAGAGGAGGCUGAUGAGUUUAUAGUCGGGCUCCCCAAGUCAUGCGAUGGGAAGGAGACGCCUCAGUCAAAUAAAGUUCGUAGUGUUGCUGGAAGGCUUGCUGUUCGAGCUGCUGAGAGGGGUUGGAGAGUAUACCUCCAAGAUGAACACGGGACAACAGCAGAAGCGGCAGAUCGCAUGAUUGACAUGGGCCUCAACAGGUCUACUCGGCAAAGGAAAAUUGAUGCCUAUGCCGCCAUGAUGGUACUGGAGAGAUAUUUUUCCAUGGCUGGCCACGGAACUGAACUUGUACUGCCCAAGAAUUUGGAUUUACAAGAAAAACUUAAAAGGGGUCCGCCAAAAGACGUUGACUUCUUUGCAGAAGAAUUUGAGAGAUAAAGAUUCACAGCAAUUAUCUGCUCAAAUUGUUAGCAAUUUAGAUAGGUAAUAUGAGAGAUUCGUCAAACAAUCUUCCAUUUAUGGCAUCCUCAAUCAAAUAGUGCUGGCUCACUUACCAAAGCUUGUUUAUUUUUCAAUUGUAAUUAGUGGUAUGCUCGAGAGAAGAAAAAAAGAAAGAGAAAAAAAAAGAAAGCAUUUGUUAUUGACUGCGGCCAUUAAUUACUCGGUGCUUUGUUUAGCUACUAUCCACCAUGAUGUCUCUAUACAUGGUCUUACGAUUUUACACACACCUGGUCACAAGGGAAUACUCAUGGACCUUUCUUA